CAAAUAUCUGUUAGGAUCUGUGCUUCUCUGUUCUCAGCUCAUAGACUAAUUAAAAGGUUUCUUCUCCCUGCCCCCUGCGAGUCCAUUCUGUGUCUUCGAUUCUUGCUUUAGUGGCGCAUAUCCUGACAAGGAGAGAUCCGGGAUAUGCCUAAGACAGAGAUCGUGUUGAAUGGAAGGAAAACGCCUCCGUCAUUAGUGGAUCUAUGUGUUAAGACGGCAAUAGAUAAUGUAAGGUACCUUGGGGAUGUUGGUGAAACAGAUCUUGAUCUCCUUGACCGAAUUUUACCACACUGUACAGUUGACCAAUUGAUGCACGUGGAGAAGUGCUCAGAAGGAAGAGAUCUAAGUCCAGUUACUGACAAGUUGUGGAAGAAAUUUUAUGAAAAGCAGUUUGGUGCAAAAAACACAGUGCACGUAGUGGAGAGGAUGGCCAAAAGUUUAAAGUCAUAUAAAUGGAUACAUUUGUAUGAGGCAAAAUCAGAAGACAUUGUUGAGCAUGAGAAGAAGGCAGCUGCCAGAAUUAAGCAACUAUACAAUAAAGAAACUGCACGAAAACAGAGUCGGCAAGUGCAGCUUUGCGCCAAGGUUCCACCUUCAAAAAAUAAAAGAAGCUUUUACGGAGGUAGUGGACCUGGCCACAAUGUUUCACACCUUAGGAACAACUUGAUGAAGAAGUCAAAAAUAGAACUUCUUAACAGGAUACCUAAGAUUUUCUUCCUCUUCCUUUCGAGCAGUCGUGAGGUGAAGAAUCUUGCAGCUAUGAAGAAAAAUACAUACCAGAGAAAUGAUGGUGCCUCUCCCAUGAUGAAAGCAGCUCAGUUCUCUGGGAAGGAUUCUGCUACGACUUCUAAACUUUUCAAGCCUGUACAUAGAGGAAUUUAGAAGCAUGUCUUCUGAGUCCUGGCAUUGCAAUGGAGAGUGCUAUCUUGGAUGGUAUCCUUGCUAAGCUUUGCAAGAUUUCUACUCCGACUUAGCUCCAUUUUUAAACAAUACGUCCAAUCUUGUUGGCCAGGUGAUCAUUAUAUUUUUUCCCCUUGGUUUUACGUGUAUCUUCCCUUUCUUACAUCCCAAUAAUGAAUAUUUGGUUGUUUCACUAUAUUUUCUUCUAGUCCAAGUUGUAACUAACUAGUUACUUGUUGGAAUCCGAUUUGUUUUCAUUUGGAAAAUUUACCCUUAUACAUAA